UCGCGACCGAUCGUGAGAAGCAGAUCGUGAGCAUCAAGAUUACCGGCAUGAGAUGACUGCGAAUGAACUACCAAGAUGUCCUCCUCCGAUUUGUUUCGGGUGCAAAGUUCCUGGACAUUAUCGGAGUGACUGUUGGAAGUUUUGGGCGGAUCCUGCAUCUAGAAGGCAAGCUCGAUCCGAGGGCUAUGUCUGCCCACCGGAGUUUGACCGUCGAGGACGUUCAGCGUCACCUCGAAGAUCGAAUGGAGCCACCAUCCAGCGCUCGCCAUCAGUGGACUCAAAGACCGUAUCUAGGAUUGACGAGUUGGGCCAGAGUGUGGCCACUUUGUGGGAAUUUGUUGACCUUGAGAUGGCACGACGUAACGAAAAAGAGAAGAAACAGCAUGAGCGGGAGGAAACACGACGGCGUGAAGAAGAGGAGCGUAAAGCCGAAGCCAUAAGAGCGGCCAAGAAAGCAGACAAGCUAAGGAAGCGUGAAGAAGAGCAGUUGGAGAUGAGCAAGGCACUGGAAAUGCAACUGUCACUGCGUCUUGGCAAUAUUCGUGACGAUAUCCGAGAGGAAAUCCGAAGAGCGGUCGGGGCUACUAUGAAGGGGAAAGCAAAGGUUGCCAAAGAUAUCCCAUCGACAUCGGGAUCUGAAACAGGAUACAAUGAAGUGGAAGUGAUUACCCAAGGAACGGAGCAACUGGCGAUAAGUGAAAAGAGAAAGAGAGGAGAAGAGACCCCCGUGGGCAAUAGCCCACCAGUGAAGACGCCAACGAAGCGUGCAAAUAAGCGCACAACCGUCAAUCCUCCUCGUUUCUCAGAACGGUUGCAGCGAACUCGUACACGAAUCACCAAGAAAGGAGUAUGUGCGCUUGUUAAUAAAGCGCAGACAGCGAUCAAGCCACCCGCUCGCGAUAUGGCGAUGGAACGGAUGAUUUACCUGGAUAGAACGAGACGUGAGCUGGUGCAUUGCAAUUGUGACCAGUUACGUGUAUUCUGCCAAGAGGAAGGGGUUGGAACCGUUGGAUUCAUCACUAAGGUUCAGGCGAUUUUUUAUAUUGCUGAUGCGAGAGCACGGGUCCGUUUUGAUGAAGGUAAGUGUGAAAUAGGUGAGGAAGAGACGUGGGACAAAGAUGAGAAGUCAAGUCACGAAAAUUCGAACUUAGAUCCGAUUAACUGAAAUGGGAAAUCGGUCGAAUUUUGGGUAACUAUCCACGAUGUGUUAGUUGGCUAUCGGCGUGGUUUUAGUUGCACGGAUCU